AAAACCGGCAGCAAGUACUCAUUUGUUGGCCGUGCCUAAAGCUCACAUUCCCACUGUGAAAGAUUUGAGGGCAAAACACGCCGGAUUAUUAAAACAUAUGCUCGACACUGGACACGAACUUCUCAAAGACGCUGGAUACACGCAAGAUCAAAUACGUUCAUCAUCUUCACCUCCAUUGUUUAGGACUACCUUUCGUUCAUAUGCUCAUUGGGAUAAAAUAUACGGAAAUGACACCCUGGUACGUGGAUGGAAAGAAAUUGUAUGA